UUGUCAGCAAGGUCCCAAAGGCGGGCUUUUCUUUCCCAAGAGAAUAACUCCAAUGUCAUCGAAACCAUGACUGCGAAACUCAAAGAUUCUGUCACUUUCCUCCCCCUCCAGGACCUUAGAUUUAGAGAAACAGCCACGAAAGGCAACACAUGGUUUAUGAGCUCUUUGGACGACACACACGAGGAAAAUGAAGCAGAACACUUGUAUUUCCCUUCUAAGGCAUCUAAAGGACGGCUUCUUUGCUUUAAAGGACGGGAUACUAAGGAUGGCACAAAGAAUUCAUAUGCUUUGGCAUGGCGAGAAAGUCUUCCAGAUUCUGCUAUUCUACUGGAAGGCCUAACAUUUGUAUCCUACACGUAUUAUGACCACAAAAAUUUGUGGCAUGGAUUAUGUGCAGUGGCUCCUUUCGUAAGAUGGUCAAUGAAAAACGAGUGUUUGAAGCCAGCAAGAUGGGUGCUAUUCCACUGGGGAGAACUGAGAUUAAGAAUGGGAUCUUGGGUGCAAGAACUUAUGCAAGCUAAUUUCGGUGAAGUUAAGGUGGAAGAAUUUGAUGGAGGAGAUGUACCUUACUGUUUUGAGAAAGCGAUUGUGGUGAGGCAUGAGAUAAGUCAAAUGGGGCAGGAGAAUAAGCUGAAGAUGUUCGACCUGUUGCGCUGCAAGGCUAGGAGUUACUGUGGCCUUAAUCCUGCAGGCAAAGGUAGAGAGAUGAAUGAAAGAGGAUUUCCAAUAAUAAGACUUACUCUGCUUAUGAGAAGAGGUUCCCGGUCGUUCAAGAAUGCAACUGCUGUGACAGAUGUAUUUGCAAAGGAAUGUGCCCAAGUCGAAGGCUGCAUUCUGCACGUAGUUCAGUCAGGAGAUCUAUCUUUCUGCGACCAGGUGAACGUGCUGACCAACACUGACAUAGUCGCGUCUCCGUGUGGAGCACAGUUAACAAAUAUGCUCUUCAUGGAUCGCGAGAGCAGUGUGAUGGAAUUCUACCCAAAAGGAUGGUUAGAGUAUGCUGGCUCAGGCCAAUAUGCUUACCACUGGAUGGCUAAUCAAUCAGGGAUGAAACAUCAGGGUGCAUGGUGGGAUCCAUUUGGCGAGGAGUGCCCAUCCCCGCAGGAUCGGUGGAAGUGCUUUUCUUUUCAUAAAGAUGGCAUGGUUGGACACAACGAGACCUAUUUUGCAGAAUGGGCUAGAAGAGUCAUCGAUCAAGUUAGGCUAAUUAAGCUGGAGCAAGGCUCUGCAGAUCAAAUAAACAAGCAAAAACAUGAUUCAAAAGCAUGUGUAUGCUAG